AUGGACCCGGCUUCGGUAAUAGGUCUUGCUGGCGCUGUCGCAGGUCUCGCCGACGUCAUCGCAAGAACUGUUGUGACUCUAAGCGACCUUCGAAAUGCAUACAAUCAAUCGGAUUUCAAGCUCAGUGCCCUGAUAUGUCAGCUUGCCACACUCAAGGCUUCCUUGAGUCACAUAGCCGAGAUGGUGAACACAUCUUAUGGCAACGCACCAUCGCCGAGCAUACAGUUUUGUGAAGAUUUGAGGGUGUCAAUGUACGGCUGUGAAGCGAUGGUGAGUGCGUUGGAUACUCGUCUAGCAAGAUUCCAUCAAAACGAGGGCAAUGGCUUGAGUAUCUUGGGCAAGAUCGAAAUUGUAUUGGAUGAUUCAACGAUUGAUGAAUAUCUCAGUAUGCUAAAUAACCAAACAAAUGCACUUCAACUACUUCUAACGACGCUUCAAUGUCAGACAUCCCUAGCUAUUGACAAGAAGCUUCAAGAGUCCAGUUCUCGACGGAUCAUUGACAAGGUCAGGGAUGAUACAUCAUCCCUGGUGUCUCUAUACGACACAGCCUCCCUUGCGUCAACAAAAAGCACUGGAGCUCAAGAUAUCCCCACCACUGCCCCCGUUUCUUUCUCAUUCGAUUCAGAGAUAGUUACGUCAAGAGUGUAUCAAACGGCAAUGAGAUAUCAAUUGAGAGUAUCAGGAAAUGAUGAUGGGGCAGACGAAAGCGAUAUGGCAUCUUCGCGUCUUGGAAUCAACCGCCGAUUUUCCUUCUCAGUUCACAGUGAGAAGGCUUUUGACCUAGAAGAUACAUCAUCGGUCAAUCCGGACGAAGGUAAUACAAACACCAACCCGACGUCCAAAAUCGUCUCCGAUCAUAGGCCAACUCCAAGGGAAACACCUAAAAUUGUACCGAAAAAAACAUCUCUACCACAGAGUAGAACCUCCAAUGUUUCAAAAAAGAUUCUCCUGAUUGGCUCAUCGGAAAGUGGCAAGAGCACUCUAAUCAAAUCACUUAGUUGUGCAUUUGACCCUUUCGAUGAGCAGACACGCCAGACUUACAUUGAAGAAAUAAUAGAGAAUUGUGUGGAAAUAAUGCGCCUUCUCGUCAUCGAGACAGAUAUAGACCGUGUUGGAGGCGACUCCGGCCUGCAAAAGGAAUGUCGAUUGUUGAUGGAAGACGACAACGAUCGGCGAGAAUGCUUGAAAAUGUGUGAGAAACUGACGGGGGCUAUUUCCUCCAUUUGGCAGAGCCCAGAGAUGCAAAUGAGAUUUGAGCAUCGUCGCCAGCAUCAAGAAAUGUACUAUCUGCCAACAUCAUCGGAAUAUUUCCUCGACUCGGUCAGCCGGUUAGCAGAUCCUAACUACCUACCCACGGACAAUGAUAUCCUUCGCUCAUAUUGCAAGACAUCCGGGGUUUGCACCUUCGAGUUCAAUUCAGCAGGCAGAUCAUACAACUUCUACGAUGUCGGCGGAGCCCGGUCCCAACGUCGAAAGUGGAUCGAAUUGUUCCCCAAGGCAGAUAUUUUUAUGUGGACGUUUGACAUCUGCUGUUCCGGUGAAGUGUCUCAAGAUCAUGGAGGCGAUUCUAUGGAGGAACAGCUGGAGCUAUGGGAGUUCGUUGUCAAUCAUCACAGAAUUGACUUUGAUGCCACGUUUGUUGUUAUUUUUACCAAGAUCGACAAGCUUACACCAACGGUAAUAUCUCGUCUGCUAUCAAUGGAAUAUUUUCGGGGAUAUGAGAAAGAUCGGACGGAUGUGGACAUGGUCCUUGAUCAUGCCGCAGGGAGGUUGGCAGCGGCAGUGAGAGGCACAAGGAUAAAUGUUUCAUUCGGGCGUGCGAGCAUAGCAACUUCGCCGACGAAGAUGGCCGAGGAAGCCAUGAGAACACUAGAGCAACUUAAUUGA